UCUCGAUCUGCGCGGUCUUCUGCGUCCUCUACAGCAACACAGGUUGAGCACUGGGUGCUACCUCACGGUCGACUGUCUUGAGGAUACGACCGACGUCGACAGUACUAACACGUUCGUUCUAGCAGCACCAAUUUUUCUGCCAUCAUGGCUUCCUCUCGUUCUCUUGUUGCGAUUCUCGUUCACACUUUGGCAUAUCAGGCAAACGCUCGCCACCUCCACCAGUUCAAGCAUGAAGCGAUCAAUAUCCAACGAAGGCAGGUCGGGCCACCGAUCGAGGCAUCUCCGACCACGACACCUGAGGCUGUAGAGGCGCCUGCAACCAGUUCGGAACCAGUGGUCUUGACCUAUCUUACGCCAUCUCCUGGCGCGUCUCCUGUCGCCAUCACACAACAAAGUCAGCUCGAAACAUCCUAUGUUCCGCAGUUCACUCUUUGCGCGCUUCCUCCUGCCGCAGCUUAUCCGGUGACUCCACUGCCAACGAUGACUACGAUGUCAUCUCCAUGGCGUAACUACUCGCUGUCUAUUCCUCCUGGAAACGGCACCUGCACAACUAUCUACAGCCCUACUCAGACCAUGGUCUGCGCGACCACCUUGACUGGACUUGUCGAGAAAUAUACGGUCAGCAGGUGCGACCAAGACAUUACCUUUUCGACCGAAUAUGGCUAUGUUUUAGCGUCUCCUACGGCAGACGCAGAUGCCAGUGCACUCGCGACGACAGAUGCGACAAUUACACCUCGUCCAACAGUGCAGCGUUUGACCACUUACUAUCUUGCGCCAUGGCAAGCUAUGACCGCUGGAGAGGCCCCUUCGGACGUUGAUCUCAAGGUUUGCGCCUUAUACGCCAAUGGCACAGAGGAGUGCAUUCACCAAUACGAAGUCUGGCGCACCUCUCUGGUCACGGCAUCAGCAACUCGCACUACAUCAGUUAAUAUCUCCACAACCUUGCACGGUCUCAGCCAAGUCAUCGUCGAGACUUAUGUCGCGAAUGUCACGGAGCAAGUCACCACGUUCUCCAUGUCGACUACCAUGGAAUUCGAGUACGCUACAGAGGUCAUUACUACCCAAAGAGCGAGUGCGAGCGGUACGAUUACGGGGCCGACGAGCUAUGUGACUGUCACUUUGGAGAAUGCUUCUUCGACUUUUCGCCCAACUAUAAUCACCACGAGGACUUCGACCAUCCGCCGCACUAGCACUACCACCGUCUACGAUGGCUACACCACUGUAACUCUCCCUGACGCGGAGGCGGCUCCUACUGAAGCUCCGGCUUCUCCAGAGGAAUCGCCGGAUUGGGUCUCGAUGCUCGGCAUACAGACUGCGCGGAAGCGAAAGCAAUAGGUGAUUAGACAUCAAAGAAGGCGUGAGUGGUCACAUUGCUGUAUUCAAGAAAUGUAGCGCAGGUCGUUUUGCUGUCGAUUCAAUGUGAUUGCUCGUCAUUGUCCAGGCGUUCCCACGGCAUUCCAACUGGUGGAUAGAGAAGCGUGUCAGUUCGUGUUGCGCGUGUCAUCACUAUUGAAUAUCUCCCUCUGACAAGCUACUGUUCCCCUGAACACCGCCUUUGAGGAGAGCGGCUCUUGCGGUUCUUGGUGGCCAUUGUGCUCCAAGCAUUGCAUAUCUGUAGCUGUGGUGCCCUAGGUCGCCUCAGCCGACACUGAUGAUGAUCUAUUAAUCUUGCUGGUGGCGCUAGACGCAAAAAGCCGAAAUGGCUCUGAGUGACCGCAUGGGAGCAAGCUCACAGCUUGUGCAGUCCGCACACUUCUGCUGUGGUGCUGUCGAAAGCGGAGAAUCGUUGGCCAAGAAGGCCAAUAGCGCGUGCUUGCUUCACAGGUGUCAUUCCUGCCAGAGCCGAUUGUAUCUGUACCUCGCGGCGCUGCUUACACAUGAGUGGCAAAUUUGAUCUACGAUCGAAGCGCAGGUUUGGAAAAAUCGAGUGUGCAAGAUGCGAUCUUAGCGUUUCUGGUAUUUCAAGCCUCUCGUCCACCUGUGCUUUAGUGCUACCGGUGUCCUCCCAGGUAGCAUUGUGGCGUGAAUGGACUUGUACGUCAUGCCUGCUUCGCAACCUUUGACCAAUGCUUCGUCCUCCGCGGUCGUCCAUCUGUUAAAAGAUUGGGUCAUUGGCAACCCCAUCGCCCUCGCAGCAGCUUGCAGACCUCUAAUUGAGCGCGAUGGCAUGAGGUGCGCAAUUUCCCGCCAGGGCAAUCCCUGGCUCACCAAGUCUCUCAGUUUCUGCUGUUCCUCGUCAGUCCACCUGCAUCUGGAUGACUGUGUCGUCCCGGGCUCUGGCGGCAUGUCCUUUCGUCGGAGCCGGGCAAGUCUUCUCUCCAACGCCCCCCUCGAGCGUUGUGGCAAGGCUGAUAAUACUGUGGUCCACGGUUUGCACUCAGACCGUAAGCGCAAGAGUGUUUCAUCUUCGGCCUGGGAGUACGGAGCUUGCUUCUUGAAUCUUGUCAAGUUCAAUCUCUCUCGACGACGGGUGACAGCAUACAACGUACGACCAGGAAACAUGUCGGCCAUGUCCAUCACCGCGAUUUCUUUGGCGCUCAGAUCAACCAGCAUCUGGUCUUCCUUCGGCGUCCAUCGCUGCCGCCUGCUGGUUGAUACAGCCGAAGAUCGUAUGAGUGAUGCUCCGGACCGUCCAAUCGUCGAGGCGUAAGAGAGGAUCGGCCGCGCCAAAAGAACAGAAGAUGCGUGCUUGCAGCUGGCUAGUAUUCUUUGCCACAUAAUUCAGCUUUGAACAGAAGUCGUAUGCAGAGCUCUUCGAUUCUCAAUCCAUGCGUCCCGAACAUCCGGCUCCUAAUCUCCAGGUGGCCAAAUACUCCCUCCUCUGUUUCGUGACCAGCGCUAUGCAAUGUGAUCUGACCUCUUGUGUGGGAAAAUCUUCUUGAUCG